AAAACCCUCUAUGAAAGAUAAGUGAAAAAUAAGGUUAUAAACAGUGAGUACAUCAUGUCCACACUGUAAACUAAGGGACACAACUAUUUCUCAAUACCAAAAUGGGAGCACAUUCUAGCAAGGUUCCGGACGGAGCACAUUCUAGCAAGGUUCCGGAUUAUGACUGUCAUAAAGUCGAUAAAGAGUUCAGCAGACUGGAAUGCUACCGUUUAUACAACGCAGUCAUGUAUAAAUCACAGAGUGACGCCAUCUCUUUGUUGAAAAAUAACCCUGAUAUUGCUUUAUAUCCAAUGAGUUUUGAGAUUUGGAUUGACCCAAAGGAAACAUAUAAAGGCUUUCCAGUAACCUGUCCGUGCGCUGAUGAAUUUGAAACAUGCCUCCCUACAACAAGUAUGACAACAGAUGACAUGGUAUUGGAACUUGGUCGUUGUUUGAAAACCGGAAAGUGUAUGCAUGUGCGCAGUCAUGAAUCGAGCGUUUCUUUAGAAGAUGGCACUACAAAGUCAUAUCCUGAAAAUGAUUGCGGUGGCUUCUACUGGGUUCACUUGGCCGUCAUAAUGAAUAAAAAGCAAUUGAUUGAGGAAAUGUUUACUUGGUAUUUACAAAACGAUAAGUAUUCAAAUACAUGGUUUACACUGAAGAACAAGUUAUCGGUCUUAUAUCUGGCUCUCGUACAUAACCAUACAGAAAUAGUGAAUGAAGUUAUGAAAAUAAUUGAUCAACUGGACAAAGGAUCUGUCCACUACAUUUUAUGUGGAUAUGAUUUACAUAAGUCUAUUGAAAUAGACAGACUUGAUGUCUUCAAAGUGUUGGCAGAAAAAAAUCAGCUUGAGAAGGCAGAUUACCGCAAAAUGAGAGAGCUGUACAAUCUAGCACUUCGUUCCUGUGCUCAUGGUUGUCUUGAAUUCAUUGCUGAUAACUACGGCCAGAUUUUAGAAAACAAUAUGUCGACUUACAAUCAAAUAUCAAGUAUCCUAAACGAUUUGGCCUACGCAAUAGAGUCGGGGGAUAGUAAGAUUUUCUAUAUUGUCAUGAAAGGAUAUGUCAAAUUAGGAUACAAAACAGGGCAGAUCAAAACGCUAAUCCUUGGUUGGUUUAUUGAAGCAAUUUUAAAUCACAACAUAAGAGGAGUAAAGACCAUUUUCAUAGGUGUAGAUAAUAUGCUUGAUGAACAAGAAUUACGAUCUGAGUUACGUAGAUUGAGGUAUAGUGGUUACAGUGCACUAAAAUGGGCUGAAGAACUCGAGUUGACCGACAUUGCGACCUUUUUAGACAAGGAACAUUUCGUUGCUCUUGGUUCUGCUCAUAGUCCUUGGUCUGCAAUUAGUUCGACAAUAAUCAUUGAAAAUGAACAUGUAAUUGAAAAUGUAGCAAAACUUAUCAAUAGAGGACACGAUGUUAACAAAGCGGCCAGUAGCGAUUUGACAUACUCGAGAGCAAAUGGUAACCAAUGCAACACUCAGAAUAGAGUAAUGUUAAAUGAGACACCAUUUUAUGUAGCUUUAAACACGAGAAGAUACGAUGUAUUGGUAAAACUAUUGUUGAACGGGGCACUUCCAGUCGCUGACGAGAGAUUUUUAUACCGACUUGUGGAGAAGACCAUCCGAGCUAAAAUAUUUUAUUUACUACUUUCAUGUAACGCCCUCAAAAGCAUGCCGGCAGGUGACACGUCUCUUUUGCAGUAUCUUUUAAUUCAGAGUACACACGUGAAUGGAACUAGCUAUAUUAAACCGGAAGUAAAAGAUCUCGCCCUUCUACUAUUAGACACAUUUAGUUGUUUCUGCUAUGAGGAUAAACGAUUCCUUUUAUCAAAUGAUAUUAAUAAUAAUGAUGAAGAAAUAUUAGCCAAAAUUCACAAUGUGCUUUACGUACCACGAACAUUGGCCGAUUUGUGCAGACGUCGCUUGAGAAAUCAUUUAGGUCUUAGUUUUCAACAGUAUAUCACCUACAUCAAACAUGAAGGUUUUCCUACGCGUAUUAUAAACUUUCUUCAGUAUCGACAUUUGGUUUUAAAAUACUUCAACGAAGAAGACAUACAAUUCUUUGAACACAGUCUAAUUUGACGGGUUUGGAAUACUGGAGAUUCAUUGUUAUUCGUGUAGUACAGUAUUCGUGGAUUUAUUUGGUAUAGGGAAUUUAAAUGUUCGACGAAGUACAAAUUUACAAAAGAGACGAUUUUGCAUUUCCUAUUGUUAAUUUUCCUUUUUAGACGGCGAUGUUCCUUUGGAUCCAACAUAUUGUGUUAAUAUAUCCCAACUCGUUCGUUAUAUGCCCAUGUGCAUGUGUAGUGAUGCCAUUGAUUUUAACGAACGUAAUCAAUACAUCACUGGUAAAUUAUUAAGUCAGAGAUUUCGUUAUCAUAAAUUACUUAAAAUCUUUUACUAAAUUCUUUCAUAGAUACCAUGCACUAUCUCACUGUCUGUCGAUACAUUUAUAUUUGGCAUUGCACACGUCGUUUUCUUUGACUGUCCAUGACAAUACAAUACUAAAUCUCU